AUGCCGGCCUUCGACGACGGUGACCUCGAGUCAGAGGAGACUUCCCUAAAAGCACCACCUACUCCUCCGAACGAACCUGAAAGAUACGGACUUGCCAUAGAGGGUAUUGAGAGCUGCCUCAAGCGACCUGAGCCUGCCGUGGAGACGAAUGGCUGCAUUCAGACAGGCACAAGUACGCACGAUUCGAGAAGAGCAUUACACAUAUCCAAUGGCAACAACAACCAACGCUACAAAGAUACAUUAUCUGAUGCAAAACCCCUGUCGCCAGUAGUCCAUCAACCGACGCCCUACGACAGAAAUGGGCAUAUCGAUUCAGGCCAAACCAGCGGUAAGGGUUUCGAUUACAAGUCAUGGAGGUCAAACAGCGAGUUGGGCUUGUCACCAAAAGAGAGACGCGUUCAUAAAGACUCCUCAGCAGAGAAACCUGACAACUUUGCAGAAUGUUCAGGCCCGGCUUUCCUUGCAGUCCAUUCUCCAAGCUUUUCUGAACAGGCCACAGACACGGAUGGCUCACCAUAUCUGUCGAGCUCGUGGUUGCCUCCUGCUGGAGGCCGACUGAUGCAGCCGCGCAGCCCCUCAAUCAGUGAGGCCUCUGGCCAUCUUAGCCAGGCUACACAGCUAGAACUGAACAAGAGGCCCCGCAAUUUAACUAUUGAUGUGGGACAGGACAAACCAGCUCAUGGGCCAACUACUAUGUCCGAUCGACCUCGCGUGCCUAGGGCUUUGUCAACUCCUGCUAUGUUGAAAAGUCCAACGGCGCUUCCGCAAGAUUACAGAAAAUCAAGGGCAAGCUCUCGAACUGAGCAGGUCAAGCCAAGGACUCACUCCAACCCGCGACGUCAACUGCCCUCCCCUCUACCAGCUUCAAUCCCACUCCCACCCUUAUGGCUGUCAACGUAUCUGCAGCUAGAAUUGUCAUCACAACGGUCGUCCCAGAAUUAUGUUCACCGCUCUUCUGCCAAUGCAUUUCCUUACGAAUCAUCACGCGUCAAGAUCGAGCGCCUGCUCAAUUUCCUUUUCCUGCCUCAUCAACUCGAAGGUGUCAUGUGGUUUGGUGUUCUAGCAUGUCUUGAUUCGUGGUUGUACACUUUCACCAUUCUCCCCCUUCGCAUGGUCAAGUCUAUCUAUAUGCUAAGCGAAAGUUUUGGCAAGAACAUGCUGCGUGAAUGCCAGUUCGUGGCAGACUACGUGUACACCGGUAGUCAACGCAUGUAUCGAAGGCGCCGUACAAGGGAUAAAGUGGCUGGUGGUAAUCUGUCGAGAACAAGCUCUGAGAUGCAGGUCCCGCAAGAUACACUUGCCAAGAUCAAACCUCGGUCUGGAAAGCAUCAUCGAAGACUAAAGUCAAUGCCUUCUAAUCUACAGCCAGAUGACAAAGCUGACUUGAUAAAGGGUUUCUUGAUUAUGGCAACCUGUUAUGUACUCCUUACCCUCGACGCAAGCCGCAUGUAUCACUGGGUGCGAGGUCAAGCUGCCAUUAAACUCUACGUUAUCUACAACCUGCUCGAGGUUUGUGAUCGUCUUCUUUCAGCUAUUGGGCAAGACGUUCUUGAGUGUCUGUUCUCGCAAGAAGCGCUUGAGCGUAAGCCAGACGGUCAUAGCAAGAUACUACGACCCUUAUGGCUUUUCGCCCUGGCACUGGUAUACAGUGUCUUGCACUCCAUCGCCCUUUUCUACCAAGUCGUCACGUUGAACGUGGCUGUCAACUCUUACUCUAAUGCUUUAAUCACUCUGUUAAUGUCUAAUCAAUUUGUCGAGAUUAAGGGAACCGUCUUCAAGAAGUUCGAAAGGGAGAGUCUUUUCCAGGUUACUUGUGCCGACAUUGUCGAAAGGUUUCAGCUUUGGCAUAUGCUGAUGAUCAUCGCGUCACGCAAUAUUGUCGAGACUGGCGGCCUGGGUAUUGGCCUGCCAAACCUGUCCUCAGUCCCAGCUACCGCUACAACCUCUAACAACCCCAACAUCACACAAGCAGCGCCGCCUUUAUCUGCAGCCUCAAUACUGCCCAGGUCAUUUAUGAUUGUGCCUUCAAUGCUUGCAUCUGUCAGCUCGUACGUGCCGACAAUCACACACGUGCUUGGUCCUUUCGUUAUUGUGUUGGGAUCGGAGAUGUUGAUUGAUUGGCUGAAGCACGCCUAUAUCAACAAAUUCAACAAUGUGAAACCGGUCAUCUAUGGACGGUUCUUGGAUAUCCUGGCCAAGGAUUAUUACACGAACGCGUUUGGAGAGCAGAACCUGACCAAACGUCUUGGGCUACCUGUCAUACCUCUCAGUUGUCUCAUGAUUCGAGCUGGCUUUCAGACAUAUCAGAUGUUCGUGGCCUCCUGGGUCCCAGCACCAACAAGCAGUAAAUCUGCAACCUUGGCCAGCUUACAUGAACAGUUUUCACCUACUCAGACCAUGCCAACAUCUACAGCAGGUAUGCUUGUCAGGAAGAUGGACCAAUUUCUCAACCGAUUGCCGGCGGCGAUAUCUAGUCCUCAAGUCACGACCUACUUUACUACAACGCUCGUCGUUCUCCUGAUGUUCUUAGUACUCUUGAUCUGCAAACUCAUCCUUGGCAUGAGCCUCCUGGCGUAUUCAAGAGCUCGGUACCAAUCAAUGAAGCAUCGCGAGACGUCUGGCAAUCCGUCCUACCACAUUGACGACAGUCGACGAGUUGGUGGAUGGGGUGUUGUUGAAGUGGACGAUGACAAGCGUCGUGCUAUCUACGAGGAUGACGCUGCAGGACUGCAAGCACUCAGGAUAAGAGACACUAAAGACAAGGCCAGAAAGGAUUCUGAGAAGGAACGCGGUUACAGUGCCGAAGGCCUGGAGAAGGUCAAGCGCUAUGAGAUGGUUGCAAAACGCAUCUGGUAG